AACAAUGAACCAUGCACAUUGUUUUAUUCUUACGGUUUCAGGUAAUUGUUGUACAAAUCCAUUGACUCAUUCACAUUUUCAUACAACAUUAUACUAUAACAUACUGUAACAUAUUGCAAAAUCUAUCUGAAAUAGAAAAAUAGGUCUGGAGACACAGCAAGACAAAGAUAGCACUGUCUUUUUAAAUCUUGCAUCUGUCAGCAUGGGAGGGGGAAGUGAAGGCCUUGUGGCAAAUGGUACCCUUAGUGACAUCAUCGCAAGCCAAUAGGCAGCCUAGAUGAGCGCCCUCCUUUUCCUGAGAUCUGUGAAGGGAGGUCGGCUGCUGAGGAUGCAGGCAGCUGCUGGGGCGGUGGGUCCAGGGCAUGCUCUGAUCACAUCAGGUUCGUAUCGUCAUGUUCGUCAAUAAAGACUUUAACCUUCAAGUGGAGGAGGAUAACCCCCCAGUGAGCCGACUGACUGCUGCCAGUGAUGAGUCCCACUGCUGACAGGACCAGGGAGCAAAGGUCCGUCUGGACCUCCACAGAGCCAAGCCAGGACAGACAGGACAGCCAUGGCCAAGAGAGACUACCUGGUGGAGGCAGCCAAGCAGAUCCGCAUGGCUCUGGACAGGGAGGUCAAUGAAGACUAUGAGGCUGCCUUCAGCUACUACAAGAAUGGGGUUGACCUGCUGCUCAAUGGAGUUCAAGUUGACCCUAACAAGGAGCGCCGGGAGGCAGUGAAGAGGAAGACUACUCAGUAUCUAAAGAGGGCAGAGGAAAUCUUUAUCUCCCACCUGCAGGACAACCUGGGGAAGGGGAACUCUCACUUAGGGGGUUACAGUAGUCUGAGAUUCCGGCCAAUCAGACACCUGAGUUCCCCAGUGGAGGAUCUAGAGAUGUGUAAAGUGGUGGGGAUCAUCGAUAAGGUCCUGAUUGUCCAAAGCCUGAUUACCAAGGAGAAAUUUGUUGUUAAAAGCCUGCCCAAGUCGAGCUGGGAGAGCCGGGACCAGCCCACUAUCAUCCCCCAGGGGGUCCCCUUCAUGGUGAAGCUGCUGAGGUACUAUGUCAGUGAGGACGCUGUGUACCUGCAUCUGGAGCAUGUUCAAGGUGGGAAGCUUUUCUCCAAACUGCACAAGGUCAGGAACGACCGAGCCAAGGAGCACCCAGAAUGCUCCAGUCCCAGCCAGCACAGGAUCAAACUGAAGAACAGCUAUACCUCCCCUACCAUCAGCUCAGACUACCAGCAGAAUGACAGAGGGGGCACAUGGACAACCCCUCUCCUGGAGAGGGAGAGCGAGGAGAGCCCAGACACAGACUCCCCUGCAUCCUGGCACGAGGCUCAGCAACGCCUGGAGAGCUGCAGGACCCACUCCUACUGUGAGGAGACAGGCUGCCUGCAGAACAAUUCCAGGUCUGUAGCGCCACACGCUCCGGCGACACAGCCCUACUUAUCUAGGCCAAUGAGGACAGACACCAGUCCCCAUUUCCAUCCAACAGGCCUCAGUCAGUGUUUGCACUCUAAAACUCAGGACAAACUUGCUCUCUAUGGUCAUCCGUGCAUCGAUCAGGCUCCUGAUGUCACCUCUGAGCCCUCUGGGAAGGCCACUGGAACAGAAAAAAUUGAAUCCAGUUCGGAUUUCGACAUGGUGUGGAAGGCUGAUCUGACUUGUAACUGUGAGAGUUCAGCCCCCUAUGCAGAGACUGGUACUGACUCCAAUAUAGCUGCAGGUAAAUCUGUACCUCAAACAACUCAGACCUCUUCUGGUGGUGCAGGGUCAACAGUGAACUUCAAGAAUCAUUCUAUCAGUUUAUAUUCACAGAAAAGGUAUGUUCCCACUACAUUGCAAUUACCCCUCCAUAAUCAAAGCCAGGUUAGUGAGAGAGAAACUUUGACUACCAAUGGCUCUCACCAAGACAGUGUUUCAGGUAGAGAACUUGAGAACACUGUGAGCAUGGUGACAGACACACACCAGGGGAGAGGGCAGGAGGAGAAGGUAAACUCAGUAACCAGGGGCACAGAGACUUCCCAGCCUGGCAGAGAUGUGUCCCCCUCUACAGUAGACAAGCUGAAGCUCAUGAGGACAUCCUCAGGGAACUCUCAACACCCUUCAGUCUCUCACUGUCACAGUACAGGGACACAGCGGGGGACCCAGCCAGGCACCUCUCUGGCCCUCACAGGGGUGAAGUAUCAUGUGGGGCCUCCUGGCAGAGAGCCAGGGGAGGAGGUAGAGGAGGGCUGGGAGCUGCUGAGCCCUGUGAGUAAGGACAUCCCCCGAGAGAAAGGAUCACUAUAUUACCCCAACACCCAUGACCCCACAGGGGCCUCCCCACAGUGUCGGAAGGGGGACAUGGAUGCUUUCCUAAAGUCAGAGGGAUCGGAUGGACAGGGUGAGGAUCAGAUCAUUGAGGUGGAUGGCUGGUGCCACCUACCCAAGUUCCCAGGCAAGGCCUCCAGAGGGAAAGACAAGGCCAGGCAGGGCUGCUGGGGGCUGCCUGAGGCAGAGGUGCGUCUGUUGGGGGCUCAGAUCCUCCUGGCCCUGGAAAGUCUUCACCAGCAAGGUGUGGUGUGCCGAGACCUCAACCCAAAGAAUAUCCUGCUCACCAGCAAUGGAAAGGUCUGCCUGACAUUCUUUGGCCAGUGGAGUGAAGUUCAGUCAGAAAUCAACUCUAAAGCUAUGGAACAGAUGUACUGUGCCCCAGAGAUUGGAGGUGUGUCCAAAAUCACAGAGGCUUGUGAUUGGUGGAGUCUGGGGGCAUUGCUGAUUGAACUUCUUACUGGAAUGCCCCUGUGGCAGUUCCACCCAGCCAGGGUGCAUUCUCACACCCAGCUCCUGAUCCCAGACCACCUGAGUACUGCAGCCGCCUCCCUGCUCACUGAGCUGCUGCAGUUUGAUGCUGGUUAUCGUUUGGGCUCUGGAGGCGGUGGUGUGAGUGACAUCAAGUGUCACCCCUUCUUCAAUGGUGUCUCCUGGAAGGCACUGUCGAGUUAACAUGCCAACAGACUACCUGUGUAGACUACCUAGCCACUGCCCCCUUGUGGCUAAAAUAAUUGAAGCACCAGCUCUGGCUCUACUUCCUGAGCAUCUUACUUCCCAAAGAAAGAUGCUAGAUUGAUUAGAAGUGUAAUUCAGAGGAGCAGACAAACAGCCAACAUGCCAACCCUGCAACAACCAACCUCCAUGUUUGAAUGACAGAGGCUAGUGUAAACCUCACCUGGCCUUUUGACAUAUGGUAGGGCAAGAUGUUUUAAAGACUAAAGUGUACUCUUUUUCAGCGGACUUUCGGGGUACUUCUGUUAUUAAUAUACUGAACAAAAAUAUAAACACAACAUGUAAAGUGUUGGUCCCAUGUUUCAUGAGCUGAAAUAAAAGCC